UUUCACUUCCUGCUUCCUAUCCAUUCUACGGUCUGUUUUGAGGAUUGUGGCUGCCGAAAUAGGUUGCAUCUCGCUAGCAGACAUUAUGGACUACAAAUGACGGAGUUGUAAAUACAGUUUCAUGCCAACGUUUCGAACACGUAUGCCAAAUAACUGAUCGAAAUAGUUUGUGUAAAUGUAAGUCGUCGGGAAAACAGCUGACACAACAUCAACAAUGCAGUUCUCUCCCACCAACGGAGAUUUUACCUUCGUCUCAUCGACCGAAGCUGAAGAGCUCAGUGGUACUAUUGACGCUCCAGAUAUUAAGCUGAAUUUGGGCAGUGAUAAUGCAAAAGACGCAUAUGCUACCACCUUCCUGAGACAACGAGGGUAUGGCUGGCUUCUGGAAGUCGAGGAGGAAGACUCGGAAGAAACUAAACCUCUUCUUGAGGAGCUCGAUAUUGAUCUGAAGGACAUAUACUACAAGAUACGCUGUGUGCUAAUGCCAAUGCCAUCUCUGGGCUUCAACCGACAAGUGGUGCGAGAUAAUCCAGACUUUUGGGGACCUCUUGCUGUGGUGUUACUGUUCUCCAUGAUAUCCAUUUACGGCCAGUUCAGGGUUGUCUCUUGGAUCAUUACAAUUUGGGUAUUUGGAUCAUUGACCAUUUUUCUACUUGCAAGAGUGCUUGGUGGAGAGGUUUCUUAUGGACAGGUCCUUGGAGUGAUAGGAUACUCAUUGUUGCCACUCAUUGUCAUCGCCCCUUUGCUCUUAAUUAUUGGGGGAUUCGAUAUCGUGUCAACAGUAGUAAAGCUUUUUGGAGUUUUCUGGGCUGCUUACAGUGCUGCUUCUCUUCUCGUUGGAGAUGAAUUUAAAACAAAGAAGCCUCUUCUCAUCUACCCCAUAUUCCUCCUGUAUAUUUACUUCCUAUCCCUGUAUACUGGUGUCUGAUGAGGCAGUUGAAAUGGACAUUCACUUGAAGAACCAUGAAAAGUGGUGGCGAGGCCCAAAAGAAGAUUGAGUCAACCGGACAGAUGGACAAUUAUUUUUCUUUUACUUUUCUUUAAAAAAAAUAAGAUUAUGGUUUUUAUUACCCUGUGAACAGACUUGGAAAUAGGGACUGAACGUUUAUUUGAUGCCAUGGUGUUUAAACUUGUGUGUUAAUUUUUGUUUCCAUUCAAUAAAACACCAUUGCAUUUUUAUUGUGGAAGCCCUUUAGAAUUUUAUCUUUUUUUUCCUCAAAGAAAUCAUUUUAUACAUUGGAGCAUGGGGUUUUCAGAAAAUGUGCAAGAAAUUGCCCAGGGCACACUGCAAAGGUGAUUCAUCAACCCUUUUAGUUUAUUUUCUUUUUUGACAUUUAUUUGUCUGUUCAGCUUAUUCAGUCAAGCAGACAUGAGAUUCAUUUAUUUUACUUUGCUCUUUGGGGAGGUGAUAGUAUUUAUGUGACAUCAAUUUCUAAAUUAAAUUCCAGUCUGGAUUAGAAAAUUGGAAGAUAGUAGAUAUGUAAUAAAACAAUGUCUGCUAAUUAAGGGUGCCUUUUAUUAGUUAUUUUGUAUUGUUGUCCAGUGGUUUUACUACACUGGUAUACAUUUUGAGACAUGACAGUCAAAAUUUAAUCUUUGUUGUUUAACAUGCAAUCCUAAAUACUUUAUACAUAGCGGUCUAUGUCAAAACAAUGUUACAUGUCUACUAGAAAGUGAUGUAAUAUAUAUAUAUUAUAGAGAGAAACGGUUACACAGAUUAAAUGAUGCAAAUGUGCAAAUGUGCUUCUGAAA